UCUGUGAAUAUUCAUUAAGAAUGGAUCCUCUUUAUAUCACUUCGCAAAACUCGAGCGACAACGGGACCGACGGUUCAUUUGUAAAUGACACGGGCGUGUUCUCAAAUCAGUUCGUUCAGCCGGUGUGGCAGAUUGUUUUAUGGGCAAUCGCGUAUUGUUGUAUAGUUCUGGUGUCAGUUGUUGGAAAUAUCACUGUCAUUUGGAUCAUUUUAGCGCACAAACGCAUGAGAACUGUGACCAACUAUUUUCUGGUGAAUCUCGCGUUCGCUGAGGCGUCAAUGUCGGCUUUCAACACCGUUAUUAACUUUGUGUAUGCGGUGCACAACGAGUGGUACUUCGGGCUGGUUUACUGUCGAUUUCACAACUUCUUUCCAAUAGCAGCUGUCUUCGCAAGUAUUUAUUCCAUGACAGCAAUAGCCUUGGACAGGUACAUGGCUAUCAUCCACCCACUCCAGCAGCGCCUGUCGUCCACUGAGACCAAGCUGGUGGUGGGGGUGAUCUGGGCCCUGGCGCUGCUCCUGGCUUUCCCUCAAUAUUAUUUUUCCAGUACCGCUCAGCUGCCAGGACGUGUCGUCUGCUACAUCAAUUGGCCAGAAUACAGUGUGUGGGAUUUUCAAAAGACGUAUUACGUCUGUGUGGUUGUGCUUAUCUACUUUCUACCUUUGCUAGUCAUGGGCUGUGCUUACCUGGUGGUGGGAUGCACUCUCUGGGCCAGUGAGAUUCCUGGAGACUCUUCAGAACACUAUCGAGAGCAGCUAACUUCCAAACGAAAGGUGGUUAAGAUGAUGAUUGUUGUCGUAUGCACCUUCGCUGUUUGCUGGCUGCCCUACCAUGUCUACUUCCUGGUGCACCAGUUUCUUCCCAACUUGUUUGAAGAACGCUACAUCCAGCAGGUGUACUUAGGAAUUAUGUGGCUUGCCAUGAGCUCCACCAUGUACAAUCCCAUCAUUUAUUGUCUUCUCAAUGACAGGUUUCGAGCUGGAUUCCAACAGGCAUUCUUCUGGUGUCCUUGUGUCCCUGAGGGCUCAUAUGAAGGUCUGGAGCUCAAGUCAACUCGCUAUCUACAGACGCAGGCCAGCAUUUACCGCACCAGCCGAAUGGAAACCACCAUUUCCACAGUGAUGCCAGUUGGCGAAGUGGACUUUCAGGAGAACGAAAAUCGAUUUUCCAUAGAUCUCACAUCCAAUGGUUCUUCGCGAAGUGCUUCCAAGACUGUGUCAGAGUCCUCCAGCUUCUAUUCUAGUAACAACCUAGCUUAGUAAGGAUUGCAAAUGCUUUUAUUGUGUUUUCAUAGUAUCACACCAGUCCAGAGAAGAGUAAAGAUUCACAUUUCAGGAAAUGUCGAGAUGUGAGGUCCAACCAACCAUAAUGUAUGGAAAUAUCAUAGUACAGUAGUAUUCAUGGUAUAAAUUUUAUUGGUAUUUGUGUUCCCUGGAAUUCAAACAUCCUUGCGUUGCUAGCACCAUGCUCUACCAGUUUAGCAAUGGGAACACCGUAUAUAAAUAAUGGGCACAGAGCAGUAGAUAUUCUGUACACUCUGACCAUAGCGAGCAGUAAUAUUGUCUUUAUGUUUACAGUAGAUAGUUUUCUUGUUACAUUUACAUGCAAUCCAGAGACAGUUCUGAGCAGCUGGCCUGAAACCAUGCCUGUAGGAAUUCACCCAUCAACCUGGCAUUUGCUCCAGCAUUCUGGGACCCAUCGGGUUUGUUUAGGAAAACUAGACCAGCUGAUGCCCUUAGCAACGACUUGUCAGUCUUCCAUCAAGGUUACUGCAAGUUGUUGUUGAUAUGAGAGCCAGAGCGACGACAUGGAAGGGUUUGCACCUGUUGUUGCAUUUUACUGGACUACGGAGGCGACAAUGUAAGUAUAGGAUUUGUCUGGAAGGCAGGUCCAAAGGGUCAUGGUAUAUAUAGAACAGAGAGGUAGACAAAACUGGCACUGUGCUAACAUAGCUACUUUCUGUUAUGUCACCAUAAUCCUCUGUUAAAUACAGAGUGUAUUAUUUGCAUGUUUUUGAGUAUUAGUUGCACAUACCAAAGAAUACCAAGGCCAAGGUAUACUUCGGUUUUCCGCAUGCCGCUACGUCUCAUGCACAUUGCGCAUGAUGCAAAUUUCAUCAUCAGCACAGUAUGUGGGGACAGUCUACAUCAUCUGCACAUGCGCCUGCCACUGACUGUACUAAAAGUAUCACAAAAUAGUCAUAGUGUGCAAGUGGCAAAAGCAUCCAUACGUGUUUGCGGUUUAAAAGAAUAUACUUAGUUUAAAGGGCUAGAGUGCUGAACCGUGCAACAUAAUGGCACUCAGAAAAAUGAAGUAUACCCUGGUUAGAGAUUUGAACCAACUGCUGCAAACACUAAUUAUUAAAUCAGAAUACCAUAGUCUACUUUGGUAUACUUCGGUUUUCCACGUGCCAGUAUGUCUCAAGCACAGUGACGCGCCUAUGCAUUUUGUCAACAGCGCAGUACAUGCGGACUGUUCGCGUGCAACCUAGUUUUUCUAGACACAGUGUGUGUGUCGAAAGCGUUCGUAUGAGCUCGUGGUCAAAAGAGUAUACUUUGAAAUGUUGAAGUGUUCAACCGUGAAUGAGACGGAAUGGCACGUGGAAAGACCCUGGCCUUAAUAAAAUACAGGUCCACAUGAAAUAGUCCACACAGAAAAACAAUGUAUACCCUAGAAUUUAUGUUAGAGAUUUGAAACAACUGCUAACCCUAAGGAUCAAAGCAUGGGCCCAUUGGUUUGCAUGUGCAAGCACCAAUAACAUUUUAUUUGGAAAAUGAAAAAAUCUAGUUAUUUUUUUAUUAUUUUGCUUAAAUAUAUCAAAAACUGUAUGCUUUCUGUGUCUGAAAUCUAGUUUUGUUUCUGUGGUGACCGAUUAUAAUACAGUAUCUUAAGAUCAAGACAUCCAGGGGGCCUGGGUAGCUCAGCGAGAUUUGACACUGAUUACCACCCCUGGAGUCGCGAGUUCGAAUCCAGGGCGUUGUGAGUGACUCUAGCCAGGUCUUCUGAGCAACCAAAUUGGCCCAGUUGCUAAGGAGGGUAGAGUCAAAUGGGGUAACCUCCUCGUGGUCGCGAUUAGGGUUCUCGCUCUCGAUGGGGUGUGUGGUAAGUUGUGCGUGGAUUGCAGAGGUGUCAUGCACAGCGAGCCACGUGAUAAAAUGCGUGGAUUGACUGUCUCAGAAGCGGAGGCAACUGAGACUUGUUCUCCACCACCCAGACUGAGGUGAGUAACCGCGCCACCACGAGAACUAAGCAGUGGGAAUUAGGCAUUCCAAAUUGGGAGAAAAGUGGAUAAAAUAUAUAUUUUUUUAAAAAAUACAUAAAUAAAAUAAAAAGAUCAAGACAUCCAGUCACAGACUGUCGCUAUCAAAGCAUUGCUUUCCAUUAAAAUUAUAAUGGCAUGUCAAUUUUUAUACAUAUUCCAAGCUAUACAUCUGGUGCCAAAGUUCUGAUGACAACACAUCUGUUGAUGAAAAGGAUCUUUUUCAGUGUUAUCAAAGACUAGCUGUGCCUGGUUGUUAAGAUUCCAGUAAAUGCUACUUCUACACGCUGCUUUUUAUUUGAGCGCUAUCUACCUGAGGUCCAUUUUCUUGCACAGCAGUUGUCAUGAUGUUGUUUGCCAUGGCUUGUGCUCGCUUACAUGCCUUUUCAGCUGUGAGGGCACAAAAUUGCCGAAGCACUUGCUUUGUUGGGCAGGUGUGAGCAUUGCUUUGAUGCCUGCUGAGGAACAAAGGAUCAGCGAUGCUACACCUUUUGAACUGCUCUGCAGCUGCAUGCACUAGCAUCUCCACUAUCAUGAGAUCUCAGCCCUUUUACUAAUGCACACAUGCUUAGAGUCACUGUAGCCAGAAACACAGAACUAGUUAGAUUUGCUUUCACAUAAUGCAGAGAACAACUCCAUGUUCGCAACUGUUGUCUACUUGAUUUGUAUUUUAUUCAUUGUCCUAUUAGAGAGAUGAAGGCCAAACUUGUAGCAGAAGUAAAUAAUUUUAGCCAACAAACUUUAUAGAGACCAUAAGAAGAAAUGAGCAUGGAAAAGGAGAUAUCAUGAUAUAAUAUCAAAAUGUACCCCAUUUACUUUCUUUAUGCACGUUCCUGGUGCAAUAACACGCUCUUCUACUAAAAUAACUUUCCUUAUUUGGUGAUCCCUUAGUUCCCGAACAAUCCCUCUAACUUUUUAACCCUUACUCUCCAAUGAACUGUCAUAUAGCGACAACUUUUCACAAUUCCUGAUGAAUAAAAUCAAGACCUCCCGACAUUUCACACAGAAAUACAUCAGAUUACACAAGAAAUAUCGGUUUUGAAUGUUGUUUCAUGUUGACUUCAGUACCAGAGUACUAGUAUAACUGUUCAGAUAAGCUGCUGUUACCAGAAAUGUAGUGACCACAAAAUCAUAAUUCCUUUGAGGUGAUUGUCUUUAUAAGUUGUCCUGAUUCAUGUAUGUAAAUAUUGUACUGUAUAUUUACACAUAUUUAUUUGCUUAUCUGUUAAAAUUAAGAUUUUUGUAUUCAAUAAACUGAUUACUUUAUAAGUCAAUGAGACACUAUGGGCUUAAAUGUUAGUUUAUAUAGGCCUAAUUAUACAGUAGUUUAGUUAAAUUAUAAUUACCGCAGAUAUAGUUGACUUUUGUAUGACUAAUUGUUUGCUAUGUUCUUCAUUUGUAAAGCAUCUGCUAAAUUACUAAAUGUAAAUGUAAUUAGUUACAUUGUGUCUUAUACUGUUAAUAUUAGAUUGAAAUGGAAGAAAAGAUACUGUGUACAUUAAAGCUUGGCAUUGCUUGAUUAUGUUCCACAUUAAAUGUAUAUC